AAGUACGGAACUGGAUCUCGUUUCUCCCUUGCGGACGAUCAACAGUAUCGCGAGGUAGCCCAUCCCAGCUCAGCCCACUUCAAGCCGACCACUUCCUUACCUGCGGCCUUCUGCCUGCAAUUUGCGAAGAAACGGAAGUAGUGAAGAACGAAGCCGACCUGUGAGCGACGCUGUGAGCUGCGGCGAGGACACGAACACCGGGCCAAGCCGACCUGCGCCUCUGCGUCGGCCGUCAUCCCUCUCCGGCUCUCCUCUCCGAAUCCGCGCCUGGGAUCUGCGGUUCUGCCUCCAGCUACAGGUGACCAGGUACCCCUCUUGAUGGCGAAUCAAGGAGGAAAGAAGCGCAAAGAAGAGAACAUCCGGCAUAUGAGGACACUCCAUCACACAAUCCUUUUUUGUAAUGUUGUUUAUCUGUUGGUGAGAUUUGGGAUUUUCUACUCUAGUUUGUCAUGGAUGCACGGGGUUGGGCUACUAUUCACUUCUAUAGCCUACUUUUUGCCUUACCAACAGUUGACCACCAUGGCUAAGCCUAGUUACGGCUCUGAUGGCGAACUCCUUGACGGAGGAUAUGAUAUGAGUACUGGAGGAGUUUGCGGAUACUUGCAUGAUGUAAUCUAUAUCACCUGUUUUGUUCAACUUGCAUCUAUCUUGUCGGGCAAGUUUUGGUACACAUACCUAGUGAUACCAGGAUUUGCAGUAUACAAAUCAUCUGGAUUCCUGAAAGGAUUUUUGUCAAGUGGUUCUGAGAAUGCAGAAGAAGAUGAGAAGACUCAGAAAAAGAGAGAGAAGAUGGAAAGAAAGGCUUCAAGAACUAAGUUUGUCAAGGCGAAAGGCCGAUGAUGAUGCACUGUUAUUGAAGAGACCAGUUGAUGCUCUUUACGGUUGUGAUUGCUGGUUUAAACUUGUAACAUUAUACUCCGUAGUUGUCAACCUGACUUGACCAUCUGGAGAUGCAUUUCAAGUUUUUACAUUUGAAUGGAUAAAUCAAUGCUUUUAAAUGUUUUAAUAGGAAAAUUACAUUUAUACACAAAAUUAGUACACAAAUUGUACACACAUCCUAUUUGCCUAUUUACACAGACACUUUGUUUAAAAAAAUCAGUGAUUGUCUGCCCAUUGCGUGUAUACACAGACAAUAGACAAUGUACAAUCCGUGUACAAAUUUUGUGUACAACAAGAAUAACCCUUUUAAAUAUUUCUUUGAGUGGUGUCCUUAUUGUAGCCACUUUUGAUAUAGAAUUGGUUUCUCC